AUGGAGCCUGACCCACUCUAUGUAAUUCAGCAGCUCCGAUCCAUUGUGAUCCAUUCGCUUGACACAUUCAACUUCAAGAAUGCUGAGUUUGCAUGUGAACGGCUACUCGCCGCAGCGCCUGAAGAUCCAGAUUCAGUAUAUUUAUAUGCGCUAACUCUCUAUCGGCAAGGGAAGUACAAAGCAGUGUACAAUCACACGUUAGAAGAAGGAGACAUUGAACACUUGGGCUGUGCUUACAUCUUCGCCCGGCUGUGCUUGCAUUUGCAGCGCUACAAAGAAGGUGUCUUUCGCUUAGUCAGUGUUGCCCAUUUGUACAACGAAAACCGCCUCAGAGAGCAUGAGAGCGAACACGAAAACGGUAUAUUUGAUGACAAACUGGGCCAGCAGCCGCCUUUUUUCUUCCUGCUUUCGAUGCAACGACACAACUACGAAGUUUCUCGGCUGAUUUAUCCUGACGCGUCAGCCAUCUACCAUCUUUUGGGUGAUUUGUGCAAAGCUCAAGGUGAUCUCAAAAAUAGUGCACUUAAUUACCAAGAAGCUCUUCGAUUCAACGCUUUUGAUUUCGAGGCGUUCCAGGAACUUCUGCGUAUGGGCGUGAAAGUGGCAGUCAAAUCUCUAUACAAAGCACCAACCCAACGUUUUUCUGUAAACGGACCUCUACUACUGUCAUUAGGGAAUCAAGAAGAUCUUUUCUCCAAACCGGACAUUCCGGCAGUGCCUAAUCCCUUUGCCACUACGCCGCGGCAACAUACUUUGGCUGAUGUUUCAACACCUCGUGCUCCAGAUCCGCUUUCUCGCCGUCCAACAGGCGAGAUUGAACCACUUCGACCGGCCAUAGGACCCCGCACUCGCUCGCGCCUGUUUUCGUACACUAAGAAGCCUGACUUAGCACAUCCUGAUAAUCGGGGCCUCAAACGUGCCAUCCAAUCAGAACGGCCAUAUGUGGAACCCGUGGUUGGUGUAUCCAAAGAAGUGGAUUCUGCUGAUGCUUUUUUGCGCCGCCUCUACAUGUUGUUCGCGAAGCUGUUUAAAUGUUUCAGCAAAUAUGACUGUUACAAGGCAAUUCGUAUUCUUGAGUCGCUUCCAGAGAACGAGCGUGAUACGCCAUGGGUGCUUUCCAAGCUUGGCCGCUUACAUUACGAAAUUGUUAAUUAUAAACAGUCGGAGAAGUUUUUUAUUCGUUUGCGCCAACUUGAUCGCACCCGACUCGAGGAUAUGGAGUUUUACUCCACUUUACUCUGGCACCUCCACAAGAAAACCGAACUUGUGUACUUGGCCAAUGAGCUCCAUGAUAUUGACUCGAAACUGGCAAUCACCUGGUGUGUUAUGGGCAACAUGUUUUCCCUCAAUCGCGAGCCUGACGAAGCCAUCAAAUGCUUCAAUAAGUCUAUUGCUUUAGACUCUUCUUUCACGUAUGCACAUACACUUAAGGGUCAUGAGUAUUUCGGAGCUGACAAUUAUGAACGAGCAUUGGACUGUUUCCGUUUUUCGCUUUUACUUGAUCCACGUCACUACAACGCAUUUUACGGUAUCGGAAUGGUAUACAUUAAUUUGGGAGAAUAUCACAAGGCAGAUUAUCACUUCCGUAAUGCUGUUGCAAUAAAUCCAAUCAAUAUAAUCCUCAUUUGCUGUGUGGGUAUGGUACUAGAAAAAUUGGGUAAGAAAACAUUAGCCUUGCGUCAAUACGAGCUUGCCAACCGACUUCAACCAUUGAGUGCGUUGCCCAUAUUUAAAAAGGCACAACUACUCUUUUCCAUGCAACAGUUUCCCCAAGCACUCAAACAGUUCGAGCUUGUCAAGGACUUGGCACCAAAUGAAGCUUCGGUGCAUUUUCUUUUGGGGCAGCUCUACAACAUUCAAAACGAUCGUUUCCUGGCUAUACGGGAAUUCACUAUUGCGCUUAAUUUAGAUCCCAAAGGAAAUUACCUAAUCCGAGAAGCUAUGGAGAUGUUAAAAAAAGAGUGA